ACAAGAAUGCGACGAGAUGAAGAAGGAGAUUGAAACCAUAACGGCCAAACUGACCAAGAGGGAGAAGGAAAAGCAGGAGGUGGAGGACAAACUGCGCGCCAUGACUGAGGAGGUCGCCGUCAACGACGAGUUGAUCGGCAAGCUCGGCCGCGAGAAGAAGAAGCUGGAGGAGCUCAAUGCGCAAACCUUGGAUGACCUCCAGUCCGAGGAAGACAAGACUCAGAACCUCACCAAGCUCAAAGUCAAGCUGGAGCAGACCUUGGAUGACCUUGAGGACAACCUUGAGCACGACAAGAAGAUCCGUGCUGAUGUUGACCGCGUCAAGAGGAAGCUGGAGAACGACCUGAAGAACGCCCAGGACCUGGUGAUUGAGCUUGAGCGUUACAAGGUCGAGCUUGAGGAGAAGCUUAAGAAGAAGGAGUUCGAGAUCAACGCCCUAAACACCAAGGUGGAGGAUGAGACUGGACUGGCAACUCAGCAACAGAAGAAGACCAAGGAGCUGCAGGGCAGGAUCGAAGAGCUUGAGGAGGAGCUGGAGACAGAAAGAGCUGCUCGUGCUAAGCUCGAGAGGCAGCGUGCCGAACUCUCGCGUGAGUUGGAAGACAUCGGUGAGAAGCUGGAGGAAUCUAGCGGUGCCACAGCUGCCCAGGUUGAGCAGAACAAGAAGAGGGAGGCCGAGCUCCAGAAGGUUCGCCGUGAGCUUGAGGAGGCUACCAUCGGCCAUGAAGCCGCUACCGCCAGCUUGAGGAAGAAGCACAACGACACCGUGGCAGACAUGACUGAGUCAGUCGAGAACCUGCAGAGGGCCAAGACCAAGCUUGAGAAGGAGAAGAACUCCCUCAGGGUGGAGGUCGAUGAUCUGGCUUCCAACGUCGAGCAGGUCACCAAGCAGAAGGUCCAAGCUGAAAAACUGAACAAGCAGCUUGAGGACCAGUACGUUGAUGCCAAUGCAAGGUUGGAGGAGAAUGGCCGUGUCGCACAGGAACUAGGAUCCCUGAAGACUCGCCUGACCGCAGAGAACAACGACCUGCAGCGCCAACUGGAGGAGUCAGAAGGGAUUGCAAACCAGCUCAGCAGAACCAAGAGCAUGCUCACACAGCAGAUGGAGGAGGUCAAGCGCCAGCUCGAGGAGGAGACCAAGGGCAAGAACGGCCUAGCCCACCAGCUGCGUGCUACUCAGUCCGACUGCGAUGCUCUGCGUGAGUCCCUGGAGGAGGAGCAAGAGGCCAAGUCUGAGAUUCAGCGUAAUCUGGCCAAGGCUAACUCUGAGGUAGCGGCCUGGCGCUCCAAGUACGAGACCGACGCCAUCCAGAGGACCGAGGAGUUGGAGGAGGCCAAGAAGAAGCUGGCCGCCCGUCUGCAAGACGCCGAGGAACAGGUUGAGUCCGCAAACGCCAAGUGUGCCAGCCUUGAGAAGACCAAGAACAGGUUGGCUGGUGAGGUGGAGGACCUGAUGUUGGAUGUGGAGAAGGCCAAUACCCUGGCGUCUCAGCUGGAGAAGAAGCAGCGCCUGGUUGACAAGCAGACCGCCGAGUGGAGGCAGAAGUGCGAGACCCUUGGUGCCGAAUUGGAGGCAUCCCAGAAGGAGCACCGCGCCUACCAGACAGAGCUUCUGAAGCUGAAGAAUGUCUACGACGAAGGCGUCGAGGCUCUUGAUGCUCUUAAGAAGGAAAAUAAGGCCUUGCAGGAGGAAAUCAACGACCUGAACGACCAGCUUGCGGAGACUGCAAAGAACGUUCACGAACUUGAGAAGACCAAGAAGCGUCUGGUCGUUGAAAAGGAGGAGCUUCAGAAUGCCUUGGACGAGGCAGAGGGCGCUCUAGAGAUUGAACAGGGCAAAGUUGUCAGAACUCAGCUUGAACUGGCUCAGCUGAAGGGUGAUAUCGAGAAAAAACUCGCCGAAAAAGACGAAGAGUUUGAAAGCUCACGCAAGAACCAGGCGCGCGCCAUGGAUAGCGUGCAGGCCUCUAUCGAGAUAGAGUCAAAACAGAAGGGAGAAGCGCAACGAGCUAAGAAGUUCCUGGAAGGCCAUCUCAACGAAGUUGAGGUUCAGCUGGAGACCGCCAACAGGUCCAACGCUGAGGCCAGGAAGACCAUUGCCAAGCUGCACUCCCAGAUCCAGGAGAUGCAGGUUACUAUCGACGACGAGCAGAGGCAGCGUGAUGAAAUCCGUGAGCAGUACAACAUGUCUGAGCGCAAGUGCCAGAUGCUGGUGAGCGAGAGUGACGAGGUCCGUGGGGCACUGGACAACGCCGAGAGAGCCCGUAAGGCCGCUGAAUCUCAGCUGGUUGAGACCAACGAGAGGCUUGGCGAGCUGAGCACACAGAACUCAGCCCUGUCCGGACACAAGCGCAAGCUGGACGGCGACCUGUCGCAGAUCCAGACCGAGCUGGAGGAGGUCAUAAGUGACCACAAGAGCACCGAGGAGAGGGCUAAGAAGGCCAUGGCUGAUACAUCCCGCAUGGCUGAGGAUCUGCGUGUGGAGCAGGAGAACUCUCAGCACGCCGAGAAGGUGAAGCGCACCUUGGACGCCAACCUGAAGGAUCUGCAGCGCCGCCUGGAUGAGGCUGAGGCUAUCGCACUCAAGGGAGGCAAGCGCGCCAUCCAGAAGCAGGAGAACAGGAUCCGCGACCUGGAGAACGAGAUCUCCCACCACAGCCGUCUGCACCAGGAGGACCUGAAGCAGCUGCGUAAGAACGAGCGCCGCCUCAAGGAGAUGACCUUCCAGGCCGACGAGGAUCGCAAGAACCAGGAGCGCAUCCAGGAGCUGGUCGAGAAGCUGCAGCUGAAGAUCAAGACCUUCAAGCGCCAGGUGGAGGAGGCUGAGGAGCAGGCUGCGUCCAACAUGGCCAAGUACCGCAAGGCCCAGCACGAGUACGAGGACGCCCUGGAGCGCGCUGAAAUUGCUGAGGGCUCCCUCAACAAGCUUCGCUCCAAGUCCCGCACUUAAACUGACAGCCACCCGUGAAACCGUUUCACUUUGUAUCGUAGGCGCCUGAUUACCUUAUCCCGCUCUGUCUUUCGUUUCAUCUGUUGGUAAUUUCAUCUCAAUCCUGAAAUAAAAUGUAGUCCCACUAGAA